UUGUGGAUAUGCUCGUUCAAUUCCGGAAUAAUUCAUACGAAAUUCUGAGAUGCUCUGCGACCCGGAUGAUCCAGCUCUUUGUGGAGGACAAAAUUUCCCAGCGGCGGAAGUUUCCGGCGAUCCCUUCAGCUGCGCGGACGAUGUGAUAUCUGAGGCUUCGGUCAUUUCCGUGCCUUCAUUCGAACCGAGAACUGAAGACAGACCGGUGAUCGCGUUGGACAGUAGCGACGAGGAGGAAUCAUGCGCGGUGACUUUGGUCAGCCCGAGUACCGCGAAAAGGCCAGCGAUUGAAGAAACUUACAAAAAUCCGGCCACUAGCCCGGUGGUGCAGGGUGAGCUAGUAGCGGUCAAUUGCUACAGGCAGCACUUCGCGGGCCGGCAUCACUUUAACCUGGUAGGCCUAGAUCGUGCCGGGGAACCGGUGCUGAUGUCAUUCACAUCGGAGGAAAACCACUUCCAGGUGUUGCUCUGGCUAUCCUCUGGAACCAGGUACAGGUUGAUUCCGGUGGGCGAUUUGGGAGCAAACCCGUCGCCGACCGCACUGGCUCGACAGGUUUGCGAGCAAGUCACGGUUGAGCGCUUCAGGCCGGUGACGAGUCCGGCAGACUGGAGGUUGAUUUCAAGGUUUGAGGAGGAAGUGGAACAAACUAAAUUUAAAUUCGUUGUUUGGACGACCAAUGCUACAACCCCGCGCGUCAAUGACGUCCUUUCUGCUCUAGGUCAGAGGGUGACCAAACGGGAAGGAAUCGCCGUUUACACCGUCUUCCAGGACCGGGACAUCAAGCUGCGCGUGACCAAAAUGGGCAAUGGACAGACAAAGCAACCGCUAGUGGCGAUGAUAAUUCAGGAAGAAACGGCAGCCUUACCACCGAAACACGGCAACCUGCACACGGUCAUCUUGGUUCAACCGUUUGGCUCGAACGCGUACAACGUCAGGGUGGCCACUCGGGACGGGCCUCUGGUUCAAGAAACGUUCAAGCAACCCGAUGCGAUGAAAGUCUUUAUCCUGACCGAACUGAUCAAAGCGGAGAUCGCGAGCAAGGCUGGAGAAGUUCGAAUGCCGCUGCUUCGUCAAUUGAUCGUGGAGCUGGAUCAAAAUUCGCGGGAGUUUCUCGGUGUUGGCUUUUGGGAAAGGAUCUCCGAAGUCGUUCCAACACCAGAACGCGUAACCAAAACCCUCCAACGCCCUGCGCAGCAACAGAUUCAAGACAGAUCGUCACCAGAUCCGCACAGUAACACUCAAGUGCACAUUCUGCUAACACCGCUGGACGGCGGCACCCUCGGCGACACCGGUGUAUCAACGCUUGAAGUGGAAGCGGACACUCUUGAAUCCGUGGGACACCCAUCGCCUGACGAGGACAUCCAGCAGGAGGAGAACGGGGUCCCAAAUUGUCAACCUGCGGUCGUACGUGCCGUUCGAGCUGUUUCCAAACGGUCGUGUGUUGGCCGUCGUCGUCGGCGCCGUCGGAAAUCCGGUGGAAACGAUCUACGACAACGGAGUUCCAGAAUUGCUGCUCGCCGAUCUUUGUUACAACCACGAGAAGACGGAGACUCUUCUGUGCCAAAAAGUCCGCUAGAGAAGCUGGAAUUGAUGGGAAACAUAAGGUGCAAUCAGAUGGAUUUACUCUGGGCUGGGAACGGGGCACUCAAACAUGCUUUCCCAGCUUUCCCAAAACUCGAUUGUUCGACGUUAGCGAAGAUUAUCGAAAUUGUGGGUUUCUUCAUUGAUCACGUGGCCAAGGCGUCGCGGACCGAAUACCAGCUUAACUCUGGAUCGGUUCCCAAAUGGGCCGUCGAGAGGCUCGUCACUGGAACUCGGUACAGCUUUGUCGGAAAUCAAAAACCGCCCAAACUGUCCCGCCGAAGCUCAAAUUAUGUCAACAUUCUCGCCGUGAGGGCACGAUUUCUCCAGUUUUUCCCCGCUGGUACAAAAGUGGCGGCAGAUACGCGCCAGUUUCUGGCAUCGUUGACGUCGGAUUUUGUCGUUCAUCUGAGCGCUCAAGUCACGAAAGUUUGCCCAAGCUCUGACAAGCUUGAAUUUGAGCACAUCGUGCAAGCCCUCGCUAACAUCGGGUUCGGGUUUCUGCUCGAGCCGGACGGAGAGCAGGAUUGAUUUUAUUUUUUGUUAU